AUGAAGGCAGAUCCAAAGAAGCUAUGCACGAUUUUCCAUUACUACGCGACCAACGCGGAAGAUUCCAACAAAUCAUCCGUCUGUAACAUACUGCAAUACUAUUCCAAAGAACCUAACGUCUUCAGCGUUCCCAGCUCCGAUUCCAAGAUAUCGUUGACCAACCUGAGAACUGUUUCAUCUUGGCCAGUGAUACCGAACCAAACGCUAUCGAUUCCUAACCCAACGGCCAAGACAGAAGCUAGAAAUUCGAAGGAAACUGAGCCGAACGUGGUCGCGAAAUAUUCGUCCACGUUCGUGAAAACCGAUCAGGUUUUACCUGUCGUUGACAUCACAUGGGAUUACAAUUCGUAUCGAUUCAAAACGUUUGAGUCGUGCUUACGAAAUUGUUACGGGGAUAGGUAUCCACCAGGUGAAGUGGUGUUGAACUCGAUGCAGCUGAAUCUGUUGGAUUCUCACACGAACGUCCCGAUGAACGUUGCCGGUCUAUUCGAUUUCAUGAAAGAAGAGAGCGAACCGCGUUUGAACACCGUGUCGAGGAAGCUGGAAAUUGAGUAUCUUAAUCCGUUGGAUCACUUUGUGACGAAACAACCCGGUAGACCGGAGACUGUGGAGAGAUUCACGGAAACGGAUGAGCAGGAUCGGUGGUACAAUACAGCCAAAAGCCAACAGGAGGACGCUAUCGGGCCCGUAAUCACCGGCCGAGAAAAGAAUCAGCCGAAUCGAAGAUCCUCCAGGAAGAUCGAGGCCCCUUGCAAAUGCUAUUUGUCCCCGUCUCGGCGUGUUUGCGGGACGAAUGACUCUUGAUCGGGAAGAAACCCUCUAGAAACGAUUGGAGAACACGGUCGCUGGCUGUUGCCGGGGCAUCGAUUAGGGCAACUAGUCUGAUUGAGAAGAAAAGCUGGCGAGAAAUAUUUGUCGCGAGAUUAUCGCUGCUUCUUUCUUAUUCUACGAAGGAUUCUACGAGUUUCUUCCUUUUUUAAUAUUUUAUCCUGACGCGUGGAUGAGAGAGAAGGUUCAAGGGAUUUUUGAGAUCUCGCCGUGGGAAUUUUAUAAUUUACGGUUUAUACUUUACCGCGUGCAGGAUACUUGUUUCAUAGUACUACUAUUUUUAUACACGGCUUUGUUUAAAGAUUUUUCUCUGGAAAUAUUAGUCUAAGCAACUUAGACGAAUAAAUUUCUGGCUACAGAAUGCGAUUUUUCUGACGAUUCUUUCGAGUUCUAUCGAGUUUCUCUGAGCGUUACUCGUAGGUAAUCAGGAUAAAGUUAAUCCUUAUUUAUGGAUCAUUGUCGUUUCGAGUGUCGAAUAUUUUAUUCGGUGAAAAGUCUGUUUAUUUCUAGGCGAUAGUUAAAAUUUGAUAAAAUUUGAUAGAGUAAUAACGCAAGGACGACAGUCAUAUGUAUCCAAGUAGGUUAACGAUUCAGAUUCCAUAUACAUAUAAUAGAAAUUAGAAGUAAAUAUCUGAAAUCAAAUUAUGAAAUAAUCUAAUAACUAUCUAACAACCAAAGAUAUCAGUUCAAGGUUAAUUAGAUUGUUAUACAUCUGUUCAAUCAACGUGAUUAAAUUAUACAGUAUCGGGGUUGAUAUCAUUUUAGCACUGGCAGAGUACGAGGUUUGGCUGUAGCCGGAAUCAACGUCAACCGUGACAAUGAUGUUUGUAUUCGCUAUUGACAGAUAUACAGGGGUCACGUGUGUAUGUAUUUCGGUCUUGCCGAAGCUCCGUUUUAAAUAGAAAUCGAUAAUGGGUAAUAAGGAUUGGAUAGGGAGGGAGCUUCCAUAGGAUAGCUUCCUAGGAAUUGCGUCUAUUUAUUGAUCGUCCGCUGUAUCGGAAUAUUCAGACGAACCAUGGCCUCUAUUCACUUUUGGCUCGUCUUACCCUUAUUCCUUGUUUCUCUUGUCGUUCUUGAACGCAAGUGUCUCUAUUCUCUCGUAACCAAUAAUUUCAAGGAAUUCAAUAAUACCGAAAUAACAAUAAAAUAUAUGAUUAUUGACAGUCUAAAAAUUGUAUAGUAUAGGACAGAAUUGUGAGAAUUCAAUUUUAAUGCUGGAAACACCGAUGAUAUUGUAUUGGGUUGUAACAUAAAUUCGUAUACAUACAAGUACUGUAUAA